AUGCCAUCAUUCCAAGCGAAUCUCUACACCACCUUCGCCCUCACCACUCUUCUCAUCCGUAUUAUCGGCACCCUCAUCUACUACCUCCCUCGCUUCACGCGGCCCCAUAAAACAUGGACCUACCGCCAAGUCAUCGCCGUAAGGCUUUACUCCCUAGGGUUGAAUCACUUAACAGCAAUUCAAUAUCACGCCCCCAAAACCCUUACCCCACGCCGUGAAGGCGACCGCUUCAUAAUCAUCAGCCCACCAGACACCACCACGUCCGACCAACUAGCACUCCAUUACUCCCGCAGCAGCAUCCUUACCAGCGUCCCAUCCAUCAGUCCCGUCCCUAUCGGCGCAGUAUGGCACCCUACCCUCCCCUCUUCCAAACCAGCUCGAGUAGUCCUUCACUUCCACGGUGGCGUGUACGUCGUCGACGGUGUCCGCCUCAACAUAAACGGCUGGAGCCCUAGAAUACUCAGCGAUGUAAUGAAAUCUCACGUCAUGCUGCCGCAGUAUCGCCUCUCCAUGGAAGAAAAUGCCUCGUUUCCUGCUGCCCUGGAAGAUGGGAUCACGGCUUAUGUGUAUCUUCUCGAGAAUCUGGGUUUAGAGCCUCAGAACAUAAUUCUGUCCGGUGAUUCGGCGGGCGGGAAUCUUGUCCUCUCCAUGAUUAGAUAUUUGGUCGAGGAGAAGACAAAAGGGACGGAGGCAUUACCAUUGUCUGCGGCUGCGUUGUUAUGGAGUCCGUGGUUGGAUUUAACAGAGAAUGGGGCGCGAAAGGUUGAUCAGCAUCCGCGUCGAUGGUGGGGUAUCAGGCGGGUAACGCCUAUGGGUUGGAAGAGGGGACAUCGUUUUCUGAGUCCCCUUGGAAAUGGGUUUAGGACUUUGGAAAUGCCGAUUUUCCUGCAGGCGGGGAUGGAGGAGGUUUUCUUUGAAGAUCAGGUGGCGUUUGUGGAGGAGAUGAGGCGGUUGCGGAAUGAUAUUGAGUUUUGUGAGGUGAAUGAUGCACCGCAUGAUAUUUUUAUGGCAGGGAAUGUGGUGAAACUCGAGAAGGAGGCGGAGGAGGCGAUGGAGAGCUAA